AUGCCUGAGUGUUGUUCAUGGUUAAGUCGAUUGUGUUGUUGCCGACGACGGUCACAACACACUUAUAUUUAUUUAUAUAGUUCAACAAUGGAUGGUUCAUCAUCAUCAUCAUCAUCAUUAUCAUUAUUUAAUCGUCUUGCUUGUAUUCUUUUUGGAUUUUGUCUUACAUUUAUUCUUAUUUUAACAGCUGUAAUUAUUUAUCAUUUGAACAGUAAUAUUUUUAUGAUUUCACCAAAACUAAAUACAGAUGAUUCAGGUAUAAUUUCAAUUGCAAAAAAACGACAAUUACCAGAUUUUGUUAAUAUAAAUAUAAAUCCAUGUGAAAAUUUUUAUCAUUUUGUUUGUGAUAAAUGGAUACGACGAAAAAUAUUUGAAAAAAUUAAUGAUGAUGAAGAAGAAGAAUAUAAACAAAAAUGGAAACGUAUUCGACAUAGAAUACAUAAUAAAUUAAUGAUGAAUAUUAGCAAUAGCCAAUCAAUAUCAAGUGAUGGUAAUAUAUCAUCAUUAGAAUUAUUUGUUUCAAAAUUAUAUCAAUUAUGUGAAACACAAUUACCAUCUCAAUUACUUGAUGAAUUUGAACAUCAUAUUACUUUAUUAAUUCAACAAGAACCAUAUCGAUCAUAUUUAACUUUAUUUAAUCAAACAAAUUCAUUAAAUUUUACAUCAUUAUCAAUUAGUUUUUCAUAUAAUCCAUUUUUUAAAAUAAUACAUUCAUCAUCGAAUAAUACUAAUCAAUUAUAUUCAACUAUUAUUCGAAUUGAUCAUCGUCCAUUACCUUCACCUAUUGAUAUAUUUUCUAAUUUAACAAAAUUAAAUCAAACAGCAUUUAUUAAUCUUAUAAAUUUUAAUAAUGAUUACAUGAAAUUUUUACAAGAAGCAAAUGAUACUAUCAAAUUAUAUGAACAAGAAUAUAAUCAAGAUUCUUUAAUUAUGAAACGAAUAUUAUCUUUCUCCAAUUAUCAUAUAUGUCUUUCAUCAUUAAAGACGUUAAAUGGUUUAAAAAAUUUAAUUCAAUUAUUAAAUAAUUUUCUUCAAAAUCGUUUACGUCAAUUUAAUACAAAAUUAAUUGAUAAACAAAUUCGUAUACUUGAAACUAUAACUGAUAAUCAUACACUUGUUGAACAUCUUCGACGUAUUCAAUUAGAAUUUAAAAUUAUUGAACAAAUUAUACCUUUAGAAAAUCAAUCUAUUGAUAAUAAUAGUUCAUGUAUACUUUAUUUACUUGAUAAAUUACUUGAUAAACGAAUACAAUUAAAUGAAUUUCCAUCAAAUAUUAAUUUAUUCUUACAUAAUAAUAAUAAUCAAGAAUAUUUUAUUUCAAAUGAUUGGCCUUAUUUAAUUAUGUUAUAUGAUCGUUUAUUAAAUAAUAUUUCAAUAGAUACUCUUGUUAAUUUUAUUUUUUUUGAUUAUUAUCGACAUCUUAUUUAUCCAUAUUAUCAACCACAUAUUCAUCAUUUAAUUAAUUUUAAAAUUAAUCAAAAAAAGAAAUCAUAUACAUAUAUAUAUAAUAUGAAUUAUUCAACAUUAUCAUGUCAUAUUAAUAGUUGUUUUGAUAUUUUAAAUUGUUAUCAUCCAUCAUUAAUUAAUCAAUUAAUAGAUGAUAAAAAUCAGAUUCAUCUUGAUUCAAUAAGAACAAGUUUUAAAAAUAUAAUAAAUCGUUUUCGUAUAUUAAUUGAACAGUCUGAUCAUUUAUUUAUAGAAGAAAAAAAACUAUUAAUUAAUGAAUUAAAUCAAAUAAAAAUUUCAUUUGAAUAUUAUUCAACAAAAUUAAAUUUUUUUUUUAAUUUUAAUAUAUCUUCAUAUCUUGAAUAUAUUAAAUUAUUUUCAUUAAUACCAUAUGAUCAACAAGAAUAUUCAUAUGGUAUUGAACCAAUUUAUAAUCAAUUAAAUCAUACAAUUUUUCUUCCAUAUAGUUUUAUAUAUUUAUCAAAUAAUUCUAUUGAAUAUUCAUUAAUGAAAUUUUUAUUAAAUAUUCUUUUAAAAACUAUACCAUCAAAUCCAUUUUAUAUUGAAUGUUUAAUUAAAUAUUUUGAUGAUCUAAAUACAACAAUAAUUAAUAUUGAUAAUGAACAUAUUAUUUAUUUAUUAUUUCGUUCUAAAUUUGUAUUCGAACAAAAUAUUAUUCUUGAUGAAUAUUUAUGGCCAUUUAUGAGUGCAAACUCAUUAAUGAAACAUUUUCUUAUUGAUUAUACAGCAAAAAAUUAUUGUCAUAGUUUUAAUGCUUAUCAUUUAUUUCUUAAUAAUACUUAUCUAAUUGAUGAUAUUUAUUUAGUAUUUCAUUGUCAACAAGCAAGUUCAAUAAAACAAUCGAAAUGUAGUGUUCAUUGA